AUGGCCUCCUCUACAAACUCAAACACAAACACAAACAUUUUUAAUGCCCAAGUUAAUUGGGUACCUAUAUUUAAAGGGGAGAAAUUUGAUCAAUGGAGUAUGCAAAUGAAAUCAAUCUUCAUCACCCAAGGUAUUUGGGAAAUUAUUGAAGAUGGCUACGAGAAACCCAAAGAUGCCAAUGAAGAGGCUUCUUGGGAUGCCUCAAAGAGAGGCCAAUAUAAACAAAACAUAAGAAGGGAUCAUUAUGCCCUUUCCAUAAUUUAUCGUGGGAUAGAUGAAACAAUACUACCCACGAUCAUGGCCGCUACAACGGCAAAGGAGGCGUGGAGUAUCCUGGAGACAAAAUAUAGAGGCUCGGAAAAGGUAAUACUCUUUAAACUUCAAUCUUUGUGGGGUCAAUUUGAUAGCUUACAAAUGACAGAUAAUGAAUCAAUUCAAUCCUAUAUUGAUCGAGUCUCAAGUAUUGUUAAUCAAAUUCGAUCUAAUGGAGACACAAUUGAAGAUGUUAAAAGAAUCCGAAAAAUACUACGAACUCUUACAAAAAAAUUCGAUCACAUAGUGGCUGCUAUAGAAGAGUCUAAUAAAGAUUUAAGAUUGCUCAACAUGACUGAGCUAAUGGGCUCUCUAUUGGCUCAUGAAGAAAGAAUGCGUAGAUUUGAUGAGCAGUCGAAAAGUGGCCAUAACACAAGAGACUGUCGGUACAAAUGUAAAAGAUGUACACGACACUCUCAUUUUGAAAAAGAUUGUUAUUUCCGGCAAAAAGAAGAGGCCAAUUUUAUAGAAAAUAAUAACUCUAAUGAUCAAUUAUUUUAUACUUGUUUAAAUGCUCAAGAAGAGCAAAAUGACACAUGGUACAUUGAUAGUGGUUGUUCCAACCACAUGACCGGAAAUAAAAAUUUCUUUAUCACUCUUGAUGAAAAUAUAAAAUCACAAAUAACUCUUGGUGAUGGGAGUAAUCAGGAAGUUUUCGGAAAGGGAACAAUUGUUGUUAAAAAAAAAUGGCUCCUCUAA